GACAAUGUUAUCCGCUUCGUUGCGAAGCGCUUUAUCCCACCGUUCCCUCCGCACGCCAAAAACAUGGAAGCCGCAGCAGCUGCGGUGGCCGCAUACCGCCCCUCGACCACAAACACAAACACUCGCAUCAAAACCACAACAACCCUUCCGCUCAAAACCGUCCCACGACGCACCCCCUCCUCCUCAAUCCUACGGUCCCCCGCUCGCCGCGUCCACCGCUCGCGCGCCGCCGAUCCGAAAUCCCCGCCGUCCAUCUCGUCCCCGCCCUCCGAUGGCCUGGUGUUCGACGCGGGCCCCACCGCCCGCGCCUCCUGGGACUGCCACGUGGUCGGCUCCCCGGUGGUCGAGCGCUACCUCACCGACGCCAGCGAGCGGUGGCUGAUGUGGUACCACGGCCUCGGCCCGCGCGGCGGCGCCGACGCGGUCGGAAUCGCGGUUUCCAACAACGGCGUCCACUGGGAACGCGGCUCCGGCGACGUCGCGAGCGGCGACGACGUGGGCCGCGUGAUGGGCCCGAGCACCGAUUGGUGGGCGUUCGACACCGAGCGCGUUCGACCGUCCGAUGUGCUCAUCAUGUCCAGUGCGAAGCUCCGAACCCCCGGCGCCGUGUACUGGCUCUACUACACCGGGUUCGGCCCCGAGAAGGUCGCGUUCCCGAACGCGGCUCCUUCGGAGAACGGCGUUUCCAAGUCGCUCCCGGGGCUCGCCGUGAGCCAGGACGGUCGCCAUUGGGCGCGGAUAGAAGGCGAGCACCACAGCGGUGCGCUUAUCGACGUCGGGGCUCCCAGAGAGUGGGACUCGUUGUUCGUCUCCUCCCCGAAGGUGGUAUACCACGGGGGAGGCGAUUUGCGGAUGUACUACCAUUCGUUCGAUGUGAAUUGCGGGCGGUAUGCGAUCGGGAUCGCCAGGUCGAGGGACGGGAUUCGGUGGGUGAAAUUGGGGAAAGUGCUCGACGGCGGAGCCGCCGGGUGUUUCGACGAGGGUGGCGUGCGGUGCGGGCAUGUUGUGAGGGACCAGAAGGAUGGGAAGUAUGUUAUGGUGUAUGAAGGUGUUUGUGGAAAUGGCCGAACGAGUAUCGGGUUGGCGGAGAGUGUCGAUGGAUUGAAGAAUUGGAGGAGAUGUGGUGAUGGGCCGAUACUAAGUGCUUCAACGGAAGAUAAUGGAUGGGAUAAUCAAGGGAUCGGAGAUCCGUGCUUGAUCCGAGUGGAAGGGGGGGAUGAGUGGAGGCUUUAUUAUGGUGGUAGUAGUAGGAGUGGGAGAACCGGCAUUGGGAUGGCGGUUUCGGAGGGUGGGGAGCUCGGUAGCUUCAGUAAGUGGAAGGGAUUUAAUGUAUGAAAAUGGAUAGCCAUGUUCAGCUCUAGUGCUAUGUAAUACAUGCACUACGAAGCAACCUUUAAGUCCAUCGCCCGAAAGUUAAAAAUAUAUCUUAUGGAGACAGGCACCUUUAUGGUGGCACGGUGAUCAUCAAAGCAUUUAAAUGAGGGAGGGACAAUAGCGAGUGGAGAGAAAAGUAUAUCCUUUCCGACUGGUUUGCAGAGUUGGAUUAGAAGCAGCCAUGGGCAAAAGGGCGAGGCAACAACAUGGGAAUUAAAUAAAGCGAUGGCGACUGACAACGGUUUCAAUGGGACCGAGAGUACGUAUUCCUUUCCUUCAGUGCCAGAGGGAGCAGAGUUGAGAAGUUGGGUCACAAAGCGCCAUUAUGACGAUCAUUUAUUCUGUUUAGACUAAAGGUUUCACUAUGGUAGUUUCGAUACAAUAGGUUUGACCUGCAGAAAUAACCUUCUUGAUUUAUGGGUGAAAGAAUAUUUGCUAUAACCUUCUCUGAUCUCGUUUGUAUUGGAUUGUAUUUUUUUUUCUACUAGUCAGUGGAUUCUCAUGACUUUAUAAUAAUGAAAGUACCAGAAUUCCUACCCUUUAA